AUGAUUGCACUAUCAUUGUUGGUUAGCCAACUCGUGUUAUACUUAUCCCUGGCAGAUGCUUCACGUCUUGAAAAGUAUCAAAAUUACAAGAGAGAUGAAGAUUCAUCAAGGGCACUAUCAGACUACCCCCUUGGCUGCUCUCCGUUGCUCGGAACGAAAUUGACGCCAGGACUGUCAAUGGAGUUAUAUGAAUAUCCUUUAGACAACCAUGGUAUUGGUCCACAUUGUUGGGACCCUGCUUAUUUAAACCCGGAGUACCCCAGAACCGGAUUUGAGUCUCACAAACUAAUUGGUACAGCCCAGAACGUGAUGAGCUUGAAUUUUGAGCAUAGGACACAAGACUGCCAUGUUGAAUUUUCAAACCUGCCAGCUUCAUUCAACUUCCCCGACCAAAUUACUUUAACGAAUUUUACUAUGCUUCUAUAUGGCUACUUUAAACCAAAGGAAUCUGGUCGAUAUCGUUUCCAUAUGGAGGCUGACGACUUGCUGCUUAUGAAUUUGGGGGCUGGAAAUGCAUUUGAUUGCUGUGCGCAUGAAGCUACGAGGAACAAUUUGGGUGAUUAUAUUGCAUAUGACAUUUGGGCGGGUACCAGAAAAGACGUUGAGGUUUUUCUUGAGAAAGAGGUUUUCUAUCCGUUAAGAUUGUUUUUCAACAACAGAGAUGGUAGGGCAGCUUUGGACUUUUCAUAUUACUUAAAUGGUGCGACGGAACCAGGAACAGACAUUCCUGAGCUUCUGUUCUCUCUUCCAGAUGGUGAGUCAUGCCCUGCAUACAUUGGGUAUGAAAACAGUUGCAGGAGCAUAAAUACCACAACUACUUACAGCACUUCUUAUAUCACAACAAUGCAGGCACCUAAUGUACUUCCUAUUACUAGUACUAUAUAUUAUGUUGCUACGCCAUGUGCCGACGUCCCAGAAACACCAUCCUGUCAAAUUGGAUUUUGGGAUCCAAUAAAUUCAUCGUGUUAUACCCCUACUCCUCCGGGCCUAUCAUCAUCUCCUUCACCAUCACCAAGUCCAAAGCCAUCUCCGUCCCCAUCUCCAUCUCCAUCUCCAUCCCCAUCCCCAUCUCCAUCUCCAUCCCCAUCUCCAAGUCCAUCUCCAUCCCCAUCUCCAUCUCCAUCCCCAUCCCCAUCACCAAGUCCAUCGCCAAGUCCAAAGCCAUCUCCUUCACCAUCUCCAUCCCCAAGCCCAUCUCCAUCACCAAGUCCAUCGCCAAGCCCAUCUCCUUCACCAUCUUUUUCACCAGGUCCAAAGCCAUCACCAAGUCCAAAGCCAUCCCCAUCUCCAUCCCCAUCCCCAUCUCCAUCCCCAUCCCCAUCUCCAUCCCCAUCCCCAUCUCCAUCCCCAUCCCCAUCGCCUAGUCCAUCUCCUUCACCAUCUCCAUCCCCAAGCCCAUCUCCAUCACCAAGUCCAUCGCCAAGCCCAUCUCCUUCACCAUCUUUUUCACCAGGUCCAAAGCCAUCACCAAGUCCAAAGCCAUCCCCAUCUCCAUCCCCAUCCCCAUCUCCAUCCCCAUCGCCUAGUCCAUCUCCAUCACCAAGUCCAUCUCCAUCACCAUAUCCUUCACCAAAUCCCUUUCCUAUUUCAAAUUCUUCAACAUCACUCUCACCAAGCAACAUCUCUAUGCACAGUUAUUCUUCCUUGUAUACAGGUGAUCCAGAAAGUCCAACUAAUACAAAGAGUAUCCCAACUUCAAUUGAUCUGGCAGUAGGUAACUCUACAACUAUCACCACGACUGUUGUUACCAAUGAUAAGACACAAACUAUAAUUAUUGUAUGUCAGCCCACGACGAUUAGUGACGGGCGUAUAAUCACUGCUAGUCAUACCUGGACUUAUACUGAACCUACUACUUCUAGUCAUAAGACAAUAGAUAGGGUAAACUCCGCUGGUAAUAAUGAAGGGAUGAACAAACUUACAUCGAGUGCCACGGUAAGCUCAAAUUACUCUAAUAGUAACAGCUUCCACUCCAGUGCUAGACCGCCAUCACCAAUCGUCACCGAUUCUAAGCCAAAUGCAGGGGUUCACUCGGCUUCCAAGGAGAACUCUCCUUCAAAUGUCAGUAAUGCUGAAACACAACCUAACAAUAAUGAACAUUCAGGUUCAGGCACCAACUUGGCCCCCGCUUCUAGUAGAGAAGACAGCAAAUCUGUUACAAACACAAGUUCCAGAGGGAAUUCAGGAAGCAUUUCAACUGCUAAUGUAGUUGCUAGCUCCCCCAGCAGAAAUGCUGUAAACAGUAUUUCAAAUAGCAGGCCGGUCAAUCCAACAGUUAUUGGGACCGUUUAUCAGGGUAGUGCUGUCAACAGAGUGUCUAGUAUUGUUAUGUCGGCAGUGGCAGGGCUACUUUUUGCACUGGUCGAAGUAUUAUGA